AUGGUGGUGGUUGACCAUAAACAAUCUCGUAAGGAGUUGUACGAGUUGCAUAAUGAAAGCUGGUGCAAUGAGCCUGAUCUCCGACCAGAUCAAAGUCCGAGUCCGAGAAUGAACAAUAAUUUCAACCCAAUGUUUCAUGCACAACCUGAACCACCGGUUUACGAAAAGCAAAUGGUUGAAACCGAGCAGAAAUACCCCAAUAAUGGUGGAAUGGGCGGAGUACCCGUUAUGGGCAUACCGGCUCAACCUAUGUAUAUCAAUCCAGGUGGAAUGGGUAACCAACCAAGAUCAAACUGGACUUCAGGGCUUUGUGAUUGCAUGAACGAUGUCGAAAAUGCUAUCAUCACAUGCAGCUUCCCAUUCGUCACAUUCGGGCAAAUCGCAGAAGUUACUGAUGAAGGCACAACAAGUUGUGGAAUGAGUGGAAUGUUGUACCUAUUUAUAUGUUGUCUGUUUAUGACGCCGUGUGUUUACUCAUGCACAUUCCGGGCCAAGAUCCGAAGUAAAUUCGGGUUACCGGAUGCUCCAGCUCCAGAUUGGAUAACCCAUUGUUUCUGUGAGUUUUGUGCACUUUGCCAAGAAUAUCGGGAGCUCAAGAACCGUGGCCUUGAUCCUUCCAUUGGAUGGAUUGGGAAUGUGCAAAGGCAGCAACAAGAGAUGAUGGCUCCUCCCAUGGGUCAACGGAUGAUUUGAAAUACAUAAAAAAAUUACAGAAUAUGAUAUGAUUAAUA